ACUUGUAUGAGUGUUGUGAUUUUGCAAAUUGAAUUGGUUAUCAUAACUUCAAAAAUUAAAGUUCACCUUUCCUUUCAAGAAAAUUUGUACCGCUACAACAAUUUAGAAAUGGGUAAACACAAGGAAAAGGUUACAAUAGAAAAGCCCACACCAGAGGCCAUCGAAAAAUCAACUGUUUCUAAAAAAGAAAAGCGAAAAGCCAUUGCAGAUAUUACGGAGGAGACAAGCACGAAAAAGAUCAAGCCAGAAAUCAUUGCAGCAGGUACAACUAUCGAUCAGGCCUUGCUGGUUAACCCUGCGCUUAAACUGAACAAGAAAGCAAAACGUGCCAAACAACGCGAAAAGCAUGCCAAGAACCAGGAAGCUAAACAUGAAAAGUCUAAGGAGCGAGAAAAACAGGAAACCAAACAGUACCUCCAAAUGUGGAACGAUAACCGAGACAAAUGGAAGUUUCAGAAGCUGAAACAGAUCUACAUACAGGAGCAUGUUUUCGAUGAAACCCAGCUCGAGGGGGAAGUAUGGCCGAUUGCUUUGGAGUACCUUUCCGGUACCAAGGGAUCCGGCAAAGAAGCACUGUCGAAGCGAGCGGAAGCGGUUAUCAACGAAAUAGAUCAGCAAGUGAAGGACACUGGUGAUAGGUCACUGUUGGAAGUUAGCAAAUAUCAGAGGGCGAGGGAUUUGUUGCAGUAUCUCGGGUAGCGGAUGGUUGCUGAAUCAAUAAAGUUUAAUGUUUUAUAACCGAAUUUAUUA